AUGGACGAGAGGAACAGCGACGUCACGGAGAAGGCAGAUGAAAUGAUACUGCCCGGUUUCCGGUUCCACCCGACAGACGAGGAGCUGGUGGGGUUCUACCUCAAGAGGAAGGUCCAGCAGAAGCCCCUCUCGAUUGAGCUCAUCAGGCAGCUCGAUAUCUACAAGUAUGAUCCAUGGGAUCUCCCAAGUAGGUUUCUUCGAAUCACUCUCAAAUGUCUAUCGUUCUCUCUUUCUUCUCUUCCGCAUGUAAGGAGAACUUGACCUCGAGGAAGUCUACCGUAAAAGACCUGAUGCUUCUCAUCUUUGAGCACUACCCAGACAGGAUCUGAACAUACUUUCAUUUAACGACCAAUUUUUCUUCAAGGGUGGGCUGCAUUGAGAGUUAUUGGCGUUCGUUCUUGUAUUGUAUCAAAUUUUCUUGAAUUUCCCCUUCCUUUGACUUGCACUGGCUAACAUAGAUGGAUGGUGCUCUCUCUCUCUCGCUCGCUCGUUCGCUUCACAUCUCUUAGGUACGCCAGGAGAACCCAGGUAUGCCAAAGUGGAGAGUGUUUAGGUCAGACAUACCGGUGAAUAGCUAAAGCGGUUGAAUCCUAUGGCUGCACUGAGGAUACCCUAGACCAAUAAUGAAACUAGAGACUAGAAUCAUUAGGAAAUAAUCGCUAACGAAUUUUCCCAGCUCUCUCUCUCUCUCUCUCUCUCUCUCUAGACUUCACCGCAGCUCUCAGCUAGGUUCCAUGCCAGAUGGCAGCAUUGGCCAAGAUCCCGUAGCUUUUUCCCUCAAACUCGUAUGGUUAGAUCUUCAAUGAGAUGAUGGUAGUAAGCCACAAAAAAUCGAUAGCAAUCUCGUCCUCUCGUAUGUUAUUAUUCAUUCAACGGAUAUACAUAUAUAUCUAUAUGAAGAUUUCAUCAUGUCUACAUCUUGAUGGACCCUGACGUUGAGAGCUUGUUUACAAUCUGUCGUUGAAGAAAUGGCGACCACCGGCGAAAAGGAAUGGUACUUCUACUGCCCGAGGGACAGGAAGUACAGGAACAGCGCAAGGCCCAACCGGGUCACCGGUGCCGGGUUCUGGAAGGCCACCGGCACGGACAGGCCAAUCUACUCGUCGGAGGGAGCCAAGUGCAUCGGCCUGAAGAAGUCCCUCGUCUUCUACAGGGGCCGGGCGGCGAAGGGUGUGAAGACCGACUGGAUGAUGCACGAGUUCCGGCUUCCCUCUCUCGCCGACUCUUCACUCCCCAGGAGCCAGACCGACAAGGGCGUUCACCCUAACGUUCGUAUUGGCGAGUUAUUGAUCAGUUUUAUAGGUGGAUUCUUGCGGCUGAUUCAUCUCCGAUAUUGUGUGCGAUUACAGGACUCAUGGGCCAUCUGUAGAAUCUUCAAAAAGACCAACUCCAUGGCGCGCAGAGCUCCACCCCAUCUUUGGGCGUCUUCAUCGCCUGGAGCACCCCCCGCCGCAGACCUCUUCGCCCACGCCCGCGGCCUCCAGUUCCCCCACCAGCUCGCCUCCAAGAAGGAUUCCUGCGCCACCGAGCACGGCCCGCCGGCCCAGUUCAGUGGCUACGCCGGCGUCUUGCACCAUCACCAGCUUCAGCCUCUCCUCGACUUCACGCCAUCGUCAUCGUACAGACCCAUCGUCGGCAUGGGCUACUCGAAGCCGGUCACCCUCCCGUCUUCCGCAGGCUUCUUCUUCCCUCCAGCGGAAGCUGCCCCAUCAGCGGGCAUAGACUUCGGCCUGCAGCAGCGGUACCAGCAGCCGCCGCAGCAGCAGCUGUUCGGCUCGGCUCCUGAGAUAGCAGUAGAGAUCAAUGGCCAUAUGGGGAGCGGAGAACCCGGGAGCAGCCACUGGGGGACCCUGCAGACAAUCGCCUUCCCCUUCAGCAUCUCCUCGCACCCUCCGGACUUCCUGAAAUCUCACCAGACCUGGGACUCCGCGGCCUGCCCGAGCGAGAUGUCCACCGGCUACUCCGUCAGCAAGUGCUACACUUAA